CCGCACGUCCCUCUGCGCGUGCCAGUGUUUUCGUGUGAUACAGUGUGAUGUUGUGAUAGUGCAGUGUCGCAAUGGAGUCGACGCCGAUCUGUAGGUGUCGCGUUCUAUACUUGGGAUCCGCGGUGCCCCAGCAGAGCAAGGACGGCCUCCAGGGCAUACAGGAACCACUGCGAGAAUUGUACCCGGAUAAGGGCGCGACCAGCGGCGGCAUCGACUCGUGGCUCUCGGUCUGGUCCAACGGGAUAUUGUUGGAGAAUGUGGACGAGAGCGGCUCGCGGGUGGCCAGGUUUUUUCCCAUUUCGAGUCUGCAUUACUGCGCCGCCGUGCGCCGGGUCACCGUCGAGGGUGCCCCGAGAUUCCUACCUUUAGAUUCCCCGUUCGCGAGAGCUCCGGCGCCGCGGCGCCCGCCUCUGUUCGCGGCCGUAUUGAGACGCACCCAGGGCAUUAAGGUUCUGGAAUGUCACGCCUUUAUCUGCCGGCGCGAGGCCGCCGCCAACGCUCUAGUCCGCUGCUGCUUCCACGCAUACGCUGACAGUUCUUACGCUAAGCGUUUAGAAGCAGAACGAGCCCCGACAACUUUACCACCCGAACCCGACGAGGAACUGGAAGUAUACGAUGGCGACGAGAACCAUAAAGUGUGGGUGGGUGAGGUGGAACGCGACGAUGCUAGCGACGACAUCCCGCAUCCGACUCGAGCCCCACGACCGCGCCAGAUCACGCGGCCGGCCUCAGUGCCGCCGCCGCCCCCUCCCCCGGAGGAACCUAAAAAGAAGCUAACCACAAAAAAGACCAAGAAGAAGUCUUCGGCCUCGGCCGACGAGCUGUACGCUACUAUGCCGGGCCCGGCGCCGAUGAUGAACGGCAGGUCGUUAGGACGGGCCCCGCCGGCGUGGGCGGCUGGGCCCGGGGGGCACCCCAUGGUGCUGCUGGCGCACCCGGCGGCCACGCUCCCGCACGCGCGCGCGGCCACGCUGGCGCACCGCGGCCGCAUGCCGGCCGGGAUGCCGCCGGGCCCGUUCCCGCCCGGCCCGCCGCCCGGCCGCGGCCGCCUGCAGUACGCCACCGUCGACCCUCGCCGCUCUAAGCCGCCCCCGCCGCCCUCCAUGAAAGCCGCUCAGAGCAUGACCACCUUGGAGGCCGUAGAAGACGCCGGCGGGAUUUACAGGAAGAAGGGACACUUAAACGAGCGCGCGUUCUCGUACAGCAUCCGACAGGAGCACCGGAGCAGGUCCCACGGAUCUCUCGCCAACCUCAAAUUCGCUGCUCCACCAGAGGUGGAGACAGGUCGUGAAGAGCUCAAGAAGGAACGGGAGAUCAUGCAGCUGGUAGCGGGGCUGCAGCUAGGUCCUGACGAGGUCGACCGGAGAGAAGUGCCACCCCAUCUGCUCAGAGCGAGACACGCACCUAGAUAACACGACCUCACUUGCGACAUCUACCGGCGCAUCGAAGAACUUUCUACAGGAUAGCGAGCAUCCUACCGGCACGGCACUUACCUCGACAUGGUUCCAAACACGACCACGCUCACCAAACGUGUGCCGCUCCGUCGAGCUCUAAGUCCGUGCGCUAAAGUCGAAACUCCCUUGUACAAUGUGGCUGUAACAAUAUGUUUUACGGCAAUAGGAUAGCGAUUGCUAAAUCGAUUGGCUAUAAUCGUAUCGAUUUGGCACGAAUGUAUAGUCAGUUGCAGACGAAUCUGAUCCUGUAUAGAU